GACGUUUGAGUAAGCGGAAGUGAAAAAAUAUCAAUCUUGUGGAACAGGAACCAACCGUUCGAUACGCCGAAGCCAUGGGAACCGUUCCGAUGAACAUCGCUUCCCACGUCGACCUCCGUUCACGAUUCCACCUCACGUCGUCUUCUUCCUCGUCGUCUUCUUCAUCCUCCUCCGUGCGGGUUUCCAACUUUUCUAAAACUAUCAGCUUGAGCUUCCCUCUCUCUCGGAGGAAGCAGGGGAGGUUAGGUAGGUUUCCUUGCUUCGCCGUCGAUGACGACUUCAGAGUCCAGCAGCAAGACCUCGCCAACACUACUUCAGCUGCUGUUGGCUCUGCCACUGAAGAAAGACCCACCGAAAAUACGGAUCUGCUUCCUGGUACAAAUGGAGAUGCUCCAGAUAAUUUUAAGCAAGAUGGCGAAGGAAGUGCUAUCUAUGAUUUCCUUUAUCCUAGUAAAGAGCUUCUUCCCGAUGAUAAAGAAAUGAGCAUAUUUGAUCAUCUUGAAGAGCUGCGACAGAGAAUCUUUGUAUCAGUUCUAGCUGUUGGAGGAAGCAUUCUCGGAUGCUUUGCAUUUUCGAAAGAUCUGAUAGUGCUUCUAGAAUCUCCUGUGAAGACACAGGGUGUAAGAUUUCUUCAGCUAGGUCCUGGAGAAUUUUUCUUUACAACUUUAAAGGUGUCUGGAUACUGUGGCCUCCUCUUGGGAAGUCCCGUAAUACUGUAUGAGAUUAUAGCCUUUGUACUUCCAGGUCUCACAAAAGCUGAAAGAAAGUUUCUUGGGCCAAUUGUAUUGGGCUCGUCAGUUCUUUUCUAUGCCGGAAUAACUUUCUCCUAUUUAGUUCUAACACCUGCAGCCUUAAACUUCUUUGUUAAUUACGCUGAAGGUGCUGUUGAGUCGUUAUGGUCUAUUGAUCAAUACUUUGAGUUUGUCCUCGUCCUUAUGUUCAGCACAGGCUUAUCUUUCCAGGUACCUGUUAUACAAUUCCUAUUGGGACAACUUGGGUUGGUGUCCGGAGACCAGAUGCUAUCAGUUUGGAGAUAUGUUGUGGUUGGAGCAGUGGUGGCCGCUGCUGUUGUUACACCCUCCACUGAUCCACUCACUCAAGUUCUUCUAGCUGCACCUUUGUUGGGUCUUUACCUAGGUGGUGCAUGGGCUGUCAAGCUUACAGGACGGUGAUCUUUGUCCCACAUAUCUUAGUAUGUGCAAGAAUAUUUUUUGUCUGCCUGAACAAAUGUAGUGUACAUUCACGAAGCAAUCUAGUGUAUAUUUUUAAUUUGUACCAUAGCAUUACCCUUCCUAUAUUUAUGUUUUAUUUAAAUUUUUGUCCGAUAUGGAUAUGUAACUAUUUGUCCCAAAAUUACAUCAAGUUUUGACGAUUUAUAUAUGAAUUGACUUUUACCCAACA